UUUAAGAAAAGACAUUUGCUUCUUAGAGUGACCAAGCAUUGAGCAAUGGCUUUAACACUGGACAAAAACUCUAUUGUCACCAUAUGCAUUUUCAUAUUUUUCUUGACUUUCACAUCUCAAUCCACUUCCCGCACACUCUCUCAACAUUCCAUUGCCACACUGCACGAAGAGUGGAUGGCCUUGCAUGACCGUGUUUAUGCUGACACUGCAGAGAAGCUCAAACGCCAACAGAUAUUCAAGGACAACUUGGAGUUCAUAGAGAAACACAACAACGAUGGAAACAAUAGGUACAAUUUAAGCCUAAACAUUUUUGCUGAUUUGACUAACGAAGAAUUCGUCGCGUCUCACACAGGAGCUCUCUUUAAGCCACCAGGGUCGUCCAAGAUUAACCACAAUCUUGGCUACCACAACAUCAGUGUCAGUGACAUUGAGCCAAGCUUGGAUUGGAGAACCAAAGGAGCUGUUAAUAAAAUUAAGAACCAAGGCAAAUGUGGGAGUUGCUGGGCAUUUUCAGCUGUGGCAACUGUUGAAGGGAUUAUCAAAAUCAAGAAAGGGAAGUUGGUUUCAUUGUCUGAGCAACAAUUGGUGGAUUGUGCCAGCGAUGACGGUUGCAAUGGAGAGUUCGUAGAGACAGCCUAUGAGUAUAUAGAAAGGUAUGGUCUUGCAAAUGAAGCAGAAUACCCUUACAAGGGAAAAGAAGGGACUUGUGCUAUGUUGAAACCUGAAAUCCAGAAUAUUAUUGGUUACCAAAGAGUACCUAAAGAGAGCGAGGAGGAGCUUCUGAAGGCAGUGGCCAACCAACCUGUCUCAGUACUCCUUGAUGGUUCGGGACAAGCAUUUCAGUUUUACUCUGAAGGAGUUUUCCAUGGCGAGUGUGGAACUAUCCUUAACCAUGCAGUUACUGCAAUUGGGUAUGGUGAGGACACAGAUGGCAAGUACUGGUUGUUGAGGAAUUCAUGGGGCUCUCAAUGGGGCGAGGGUGGUUACAUGAAGCUUAAGAGGGACACUGGUUCCCGUCAAGGUCUUUGUGGCGUUAACCUCCAUGCCUCUUAUCCUAUAGCUAAUUAAUUAAUUACAAUCUAUGCAUGUGUCAAGGGUGAGAACAUUAAUUCAUUACCUAAAAUAUCAUCAUAAUCAAGCUAGUACUUCUUUUUCAUUCCUUUUAUGUAUUACCAUGCUGUGCU